CACUGGGAGCCGAACUGCGUUGCAAAUGUCGCCAUUUUAGAGGAGUGUUUACAGCAGUUGGCAUGUCAUCACAUGUAAUUCUCAGACUCUAGCCAAUAAACAACGGUUAAAUCUCAACAAUACAUCGGCUUUUUUACAUCCCGAUUCGGGUAUUGACAUGUAGCAAUUAGCUCUGGCUAUUAAAAACAUCUGGUUUAUUUGUCAUUUUACAAAUGGCUGCUGUUUUCCAGAAAACGUUGUGUUUUCAAGUGGAGUUUGGGGCAUAUUUGCCAGCGCAUUUUUUGCGUCAUUGUUAUUUAUCAUCGCGAAUCGCACUUUCGACAGGAUUUUCGAGACAUAUUCUAUCGUAGUGGCACUUGAUUUAAGUACAUCCCCAAGUAUCAAUGAAGUAUAAAUCUCUUGCAGAGAUUCAUUGAUCUACGUGGCGAAAUGAAUCAAAUAUUUGGCAGUAACAGCAACAUUUGCUUUCUAAUGUCAUGUAUCUUAUUGCUAUGACGAGUUAUUGAUGGUUUAUUUGUGUGUAUGACCUGAGUUGCGUGUGUGAGUUGUUGACGAGGAGGCGACAGGAAAACAAAAACACGGUGUUUUGAAUGCAUCUUGACUGCAAUGGCACAAUCUGACGCACGCGUUGUCAGUUGUAUAUUGCCGUCGGUUGUGUUUAUAUAGCAUCGUUAUGCAGCAAAUCUCGGGGCUGUGUUUUGUGGAUGAACAUUGCUCAUUCAGUUUAGGUGCGUUUUCCCCAGUAAAAGCCCUUUAAUGAGGAUUAUUCCCUCCCCGUGUUGACGGCUGACGCAGGAAGAGGCAACGUCGCUGUCACUCAGGUUGUUUUGCUGAACCGUCAUGAACCGUCGUUCGCUCAUAAUUCCGCCUGUUUUCGACGGAGUUCGGCGCGGUGGUGGAGGAAGCCCGAGUUCUGGGCCUGAGUUUCCUGCACAGAUGCGGAUUGUUGUGCGAAUAGACGGGAGUCAUUGUGCUGCCAUACUGUGCCUUCUGUGUUUUCGGGUUCAAGGAUGCUGCACUUCGAGGCUGCAGACACUCAGAAUACGCAUGUGCGUGGACGUUUCCGUCGGACUUCACCUCCUUCAGGGGGUCGGUGCGAUUGAUCAGACGUAGAUCACCAUCGCGGGGCUGCCUUGCUUUGUUUUUUUUUUGUGAUUUUAAUAUAGUCGAAUACAAUUUAACGUUGACAUAAUUGUAUGUUUUAUUUUAUUUUAUUUUUUUAAACUCCGGAACUAUACUACUGUUGUUUCAACACGGACUGUUGUUCUUGCUACACCUGAGCACCGCAAGAGACCGAUUUAAAGUUUGGAAAACGUUGUCUGAUCAAAUGUGAGAUACCCUAGAAUAGUUUAUUUGAAACGAUUUGCCUCACUCGCAGCGGAACUCAGUCGAUCAACCACGUCAUAAACAGUCGACAGUGGCAAGAGGUGACCGAAGGCUCCGACAUGCUGCCGCCUUUGUCUCCAGUAGACUUUUGACUCGUCCAGCAUGAUGAAGACUGAACCUCCCGCGGCCACCGGGGGCAGCGGCGCCUCCGGUGGUGGGAGCGCCAGCAGCGGAGCGAGUGCCAACCUGCGGAGUCCCUCUCCACAUCGUAACGCUUAUGAAGCAGGACUGGCAGCGCUGAAGAAAGCCACCGACCACCUCAACAGCGCCGCUAACGGAAGCUAUGACCCGUCCUCCAAGCCGGCGCUGUUGCCCCGGCCCACUGGGCGGGGGCGGAAAUACGGGUCGAACGUUCACCGCAUCAAGAACAUGUUCAUGCAGAUGCAGUCGCCCGGGGACGAGGAGGACGGAGCCAAAGAGAUCGGUAAAGUUAUCACACCGAAUUUUAGUAAAGAUCAGGCGCUCAAACUGUCGCUGCCGAGGGCGUCCAGCCUCAACGAGAACGUGGACCACAGUGCCCUCUUGAAGCUCGGAGGCACCGUCUCAGAGCGGGUCAACCGAUUCGACACCAAAACGGGAGUCGAAGGGUCGUCGGGCGGGUUUUCCAAACUGCAGGAAACCCGGCGGAUCUUCGAGCAGCGGACGUUGCAGGAGAAGCAAGCCACCAAUCGCAUCUUGCUAAAAAAAGAACGCGCUUCGGGAUUCCAGGACAGUCGACUGGACGUUGUUGCACGUUUCAACGGUUCUACCGAGGCUUUGGACCGGCUAGAUGACCCCCCCGCGCCCAUCCCCGCCCCUGUUCCAGCAUCCACCGCCCCUAUUGUCCCCAGUGAGGCCGUCAGUCCAACCGUCAGUCAGCUCAGUGCUGCGUUCGAGAAGGGCGGUGUGCAGAAGAGCCUCCCAAACCGCCGGUCCGGUCCAGCCCUCGCACCGAAGCCCAAACCUCCAGCCAAAACUGGCCUGGCAGGAAAGACGGUCCCUCCAGGUGAGGGGAACCAGGAGCUGGCAUCCUCGCUGGAUGAGACCGAUUCGAGCAUCGGAGGAGCAGCAGUAACAAGUGAAGAGACUGAGGAGCACAAUGGAGAACUGACGUCCACGAGCACCCACUCUUCAUUGUCCCCAGUGCCUGUUAUACCUUCUCCUUCAGAGACCAAACUAGAGUCGGUCCAGCCAGCAGCGACUGAAGACAGGGGGUCCAGUACGGUGGCAGACACCAGUGCGGUUGUUGACGCCAGCAAGGAGGACGGGGAGCAGCGGGUGCAGGCCGAGAUUCACACCGCGCUGGAGAACGGAGAGAAAGAGCCUCCAGGUUCAUCCCCAGACGAGAGACAAGCUGAUGCUCAGAGGAGCACCGAGGAAGAGGAGGACGGCUCCAGGAAGGAGGACUACUCAGAGGGCGACCUGGUGGAUAUCAGCGCGUACAGCGGGAUCGGGGAGGAGGACUCUGGGGGCAGUCAGCUGGACGAUGAAGACGACGAGGAAGAUGAGGAAGCAUACCAGCCGGAGAGCAGCUGCUCAGAAAUGGCCGGUCUGCCUGAGGAGGAGGACCCGGUGCCGCCCAACAGGAAAAUCCGCUUCAGCUGCGACCCCAUCAAGGUCUUCACCACCUACUCCAACGAGGACUACGACCGCCGAAACGAUGACGUCGACCCCAUGGCGGCGUCUGCCGAAUACGAGCUGGAGAAGAGAGUCGAGAAGCUGGACCUGUUUCCUGUUGAGCUGGAGAAAGACAGCGAGGGUCUGGGCAUCAGCAUCAUCGGCAUGGGAGCGGGAGCCGACAUGGGUCUGGAGAAGCUCGGGAUCUUUGUGAAGACGGUGACGGAGGGCGGCGCCGCCCAGAGGGACGGCAGGAUCCAGGUGAACGACCUGAUCGUGGAGGUGGACGGGACCAGUCUGGUCGGUGUCACGCAGAGCUUCGCCGCCUCUGUCCUCAGGAACACGUCAGGCACCGUCAGGUUCAUGAUCGGGCGAGAGAAGCCGGGCGAGCAGAGCGAGGUGGCCCAGCUGAUCCAGCAGACGCUGGAGCAGGAGCGCUGGCAGAGAGAGAUGAUGGAGCAGAAGUACAAGAAGUACAUGGACGAGGACGAGGAGACGGGGGAAUACGCCACAGACGAGGACGAGGAGAUCAGCCCCAUGUUCCCAAACUCCAUCGAGGUCUUUGACCUGGCUGAGAACCAGGACUUGUCUCCGGUGGAGCUGGACCCCGAGAAGCUGACCCACAAAUUCAAAGAGCUGCAGAUCAAACACGCCGUGACUCAGGCCGAGAUCCAGCUGCUGAAGAGGAAGCUCGCACACGCCGAGCAGGACCGGCUGCGCUGGCGGAUGGAGCGCGCCCAGUUGGAGCAGAACAUCCGGGACAGCAAGGAGCGCAUGGAGAAGCUGGAGAGCUACUGGCUGGAGGCUCAGUCGCUCUGCAAGGCAGUGGAUGAGCACCUGAAGGAGACCCAGGCCCAGUACCAGACCCUGGAGAGGAAGUACAGCAAAGCCAAGAGGCUCAUCAAGGAGUACCAGCAAAAGGAGGCGGAAUUUCUGAAGAAGGAGUCGGCUCAGCGUCAAGCUCAGGAGGAGUGCGAGGCCACACACAGGGAGGAGACGGACGACCUGCAGGAGAAGGUGCCUCGAAUCACUUCACGAGUCAUGGAGAUUUCAGACCUGGAGACCAAAGUGGAUGCCCUGAAGACCCCCCACCCUUCCUAGACCGCUGCAACACGCCACUUCCUGUCCAGACAGGAAGUGGCGCAGCUCUGCCUUCACUCUCACAGGGAUUGUUUCACGCUGAUCUUAACUGGAAGGACAAGAAGAACGAGGAGGCGUGUGCGGGAAACCCGAGGCCCUGAACCUGCACCUCCAACAUGCCCUCCGUCCUCAUCGCGUCUUCCCGUCCAUCCAGAUCUCCAUUUGGGGGCGUCAGGAUGAACCCACGCUGUCUGAGGGACGUGUGGGAGACUUGUACUAACUGAAGUCCUCUGAAAACAAGAGUCGCCGACGUGGUCUGUACAUAUUCGCCACCAAGUCUGGGACGAGCAUCUUCUUUUUUGUACCCGCAGUUUUGGCAAACAGGGUGUGAGUCGCCUGAUGGGUGUAUUUGUUGGUGUUAGCGUGUGUUUACAUGCACACGAGGAUCCUGAAUUCAGGAGAGUCGAGAUCAGGGACCCGCUGUCGUGCACUUUGUCCUCACUCAGUCACGACUGGGAGAAAAUCCUGCUUCCAGUUGUCAGUGUCAUGUCAAAUGAUUUGAAUGGAAAGAGUCACAACAGCGCCCUCAUGUGGUUAUGGCAUACGCUGGAAUCCGCCACAUCAAAAGUGGUGAAAUUUAAAUUAUUUUUUAAAAUCAAUCGUAUUUAUGCAUUUUGAGUGUUCUAUUUUAUAUUAUUUCACACAGUGUUUUCUCACAUGAAAUGAGAGUCUCCAUUGAUAAAAUUUAAAAAAUACUUACAUUAUUUUCUCAUUACAAAAAGAAUAUAUUCAUGUGGUCUUUGAGUGAAAGUUCAUGGUUCUUAGUUUCGAUUUUAAAACCGCAAGAUUGACGUGUUCCUGUGUAAAUACGUCCUGCAGUUAGGUUUUAAACCACACGAGGGCGCUGUUGCGUACAUUGUCGUGGCCCCAAAGACCUGCUGAUUUUCAACCUCCGAAAACAAUUGACCGACUAACAUUUUUGCCAUUGCCGUCUGUAGUUCGAAGCCUUUGCUGUGAACGAGCGUGUGCAUGUAAACACACCCCCGGGUCAAAGGGUCCUGUUCCAGUAUUAUGACUUAUAGUGAGCAAUACACAACUGAAGGAGACACAAUCAGACCCUGAGGUGACUUCAGGAAUUCAACACCCGCCAGUGAAGCAUCAUGGGAAACAAAGUGUUGGCUUUGCUGUUCUAUGUUGAAACAUUCUGGGGAAAUGUCCUUGUUUCUUGGCCUGAAAAACAAAGCUAUUUCUGUAUUUGCGAUUAGCUUUUCGGCAAACGGCGGCAUGUGUCACCAGAGGGGAUUUUUACGCCAAGCAUAGGUUAGCAUUCCAGCUGUAGCUUCAUUAACACUACCUGGCCAAUAGUUGCAUGCUAACAAUUCAAGACGAAUCACCAGCAAAUCGCUAUCCGCGUACGUGUCUGUGUUGUGGCCUAACACAAGGAAAACUAGAGUUACAUCAAACAUGCUAAUACACAAUUUCCAGACAGAAACUUAGCAAUGUAAAAUAUGGUUUUAUCAGUAUUAUGGCAGGUAUGGUAAACAUCUGCCACCUCCAAAUUAAGGUUUGAAAUCGUAAUUUUGCCACGCCAACAAUACAUCUGUAAGGUGGGACUUGAAGCAGCAUUUACGAUAAGUUUUGCCAAAUUGAAACGAUAGUAUUUCACUGCAAAGUGUUGUACAAAACUCGUGUUUCAUGGACACAAUUUUAAAGUCCAAACAUCUGGAAUGUUUGUGUCGGAAAAACUAGCCAUAAACAGCGGUCGUGGGUGUAGGUCAUUAUUUUUAAUUUGGAUGUGAAAACGGGAGUCUUUGCCUUCUUAUGCUGCUUUUGCCUGGAGACGCCUUUGAUGCUUGCUAGCUGAGACCCCCGUCAUCACGUGGCGAGGAAACUCCCUCAACAUUUUUCUUGUUCUUUUGUCAUUUUCAUCAUUUCCAUUUGUUGCUUUUAUUUCAACGCUCAAAUCCGUUGAACUAGUCAAAUGAAUUUCUCGUGGCUCAAAGAACGUAUUAAAAAUCCCGAAUCCGAGCUCAACUUCCAGAAAAACGGACGACUGAAUGCUUCCUCAAAUUAGACAAUCCAGAAUAAACUGUUGGGAAAUGUAAACACGACCGGAAGACGACGGAUUGUAGCACUUGUUCACGCUCCUGUUACAGAUUGUAGGUUUGCAGUCGAGGCCUUUCUCUGCUGACACUUUCCCUCGUCACUGUUCAACACUUUCCGCUCACAACUGACGUUUCAAUAGAGGGCGCUAGUGCCUUGCUUAACGCCGCCGUAGAGAGGUCGCCUCCUCCGCCUGGAACUCCGAGGUCGCGCGAAGCUCAGGGUGGGAACAAAUUAGGGGAAAACCGGUGUGUCGUCAUGGAAACGUUCCAUCUCAUGCAGCUACGGUUUUUAGAAUCUAGGAGUCAAAACUGGAUGCAAGCAAACGCACUACUGGUGAAACUUUUGUCUGUAUGAUUCAUCGUUGCUCCAUCAUCCAAAUCUCACAGCAUUUCUUUGGAGCAAAUGUUGUUUUUUAUAUAUAAAUCGUAAUCUAUUGGUUGUUAGAGAAAGACGGUCUUGUGUGGAACAAAAGAAGAGCAGGACAAUCUAAUGCUCGUGUCUGUUCGCAGAGUGGAUGCCAUCUUGUUUGUCCAAGCCAACUGCUGUCGGUCAGAAGUAUUAAAUAAACCUGGAAUAAGAUGAAGAAAAACCGUUUCAUUGA